AUGGGCGCCUCGGUCUCCCUCCCGGGGCCGUUCGCGCAGUUCAGCCGGCUGUCGCUCAGCGACGUCGACGAGAUGAUCAUCCGCCACCGGACGCAGCUCGACGGCGCGUUCAUGGUGACGCCGCAGGAGCUCGAGGCGGUCGUCGGCCCCAAGGUCAAGGACGCGGCGGCCAUCAUCGCGCAGCUCGAGGCCGGCGAGGAAGGCAAGAUCAACGCGCUGAGCUUCCUCUGCGGCGCCGUGGCCGUGUGCCGCACGCCGGCGCCGGGCGGCGGCGGCGACCGCGAGGACGGCGUCAAGGCCAAGGCGCGGCGCAUGUUCGCGCUCUUCGACUUCGGCCGCGCGCGCGCGCUGACGCCGUCGGAGCUGGGGAUCCUGCUCCUGAGCCUGGGCCGCGCGCUCGAGUCGUUCAUGGGCCUGCGCCGCGGCAAGUCGUGCGUCGCCUUCGAGGACAUGGCCGCGCUCGACAACGCGGCGCGCGUGGCCGUCGGCAAGUACGACGGCGCCCUGAAGCAGGGCAUGCGCGAGGGCCGCGGCGGCGGCGAGGACUUCUCCGACGUCGAGCUCGGCGCGCCGGACGCGUCGGGCACGCAGGGCCAGGAGGCCGCGCGGCUGCCGCGCAAGGACUUCGUCGAGUGGUCGCUGCGCGUGCUGAACCCCUACUGCCGGCCGCCCGUCGUCCUCGACGCCCUGCGCAAGUUGGUCAGGGCGUCGUCGGCCGGCGACCUCAACGAGGUCGGCUCGUCGACGCGCAAGGGCCUCGAGCAGAUGUCGAUCUUGGGUGCGGAGGCGGCGGCGCUCAUGAUGGACGACUCGGCCUACGAGCCGGACCCCGUUCCCACCAAACCCGAGAUCGACGGCGACGGCGCGUGGGUGCCGUUCGCGUCGAAGAAGACGGAGCGCGAGUCGGGCUGGCUCCUCGAGCAGGUCUGCAAGGUGCCGGCCCUCGCGAAGCUCACGCGCCGCGAGCAGGGAGUGGUGAUAGACGCGUUCCGCCGCAAGGUCUUCCAGGGCGGCCAGCGCCUGUACGUGCAGGGCAAGGGCACGGACUACCUCUACUUGAUCGAGGACGGCCACGUCGCCGUCGACGCCGACGGCGGCUUCACGGGCCAGCGCAACCUGCCGGCGGCCGACGGCACGCGCCACGUCGGCGAUUUGGAUGUGAUGAAGGCGGCGCGCGCGCACACGGCGACGGCGGCGACGGCGUGCUCGGCCUGGGCCCUCGACAAGCUGACGCUCAGCGAGAUCCUCAAGGACUCGCAGCACAAGAAGCGCAUGCUCUACGCCGCGGCCUUGAAGCGCGUGCCGCUGCUCGGCGGGUUAGAUGGAAGCAAGGUCGCGCAGAUCGUCGACGCGUCGACGGCGCACGACUACGACACGGGCCAGCUCAUCCUCAGAGAGUCGGAGCCGGGCUCGGACUUCUUCGUCAUCCUCAACGGCUCCGUCGAGUGCACGCGCUACGUCGCCGGCGCGAACGACUCGGUCUGCCCGACGCUCGAGACGGGCGACUUCUUCGGCGAGCUGUCCCUGACGACGGGCGCGCCGCGCGCGGCGACGUGUAUUGCUCUGGCCGAGUGCGAGUGCCUCAAGAUCCCCAAGGAUAUAUUUAAGGCGAUCAUCGAGAAGCCCUGCGCCGGUGGCUUGGCCCGAGACUACAAGGCCCUCGAGGAGCAGGCCAUGGCCUCGAACAAGGACGCGGAAGCUAGAGCUCGCGCGCGCCGCGCGAAGCGGAAAUCUAGGAAGCGCGCCGGCGAGUCGCCGCGCGCGGGCGACCCCGUCGACCCCGCCGAGAUGCGCAGCCUCGGCGGCGUGUCCUUCAUCGCCACGAUCCCCGACUUCACGCCGCGGUCGGCGAACAAGAGCUUCCGCGGCCAGAUGGCCGAGAAGAUGUCGGGCAAGGUCAUGACCGAGACGGGCGCGGACGUCACGGCGCGGCACGUGCACGUCCAGGGCGUCAAGGCCGGGUCGUUGGUCAUGGAGAUCUUCUUGGAGAGCGCGACCGACGAGGAGGCCAUCGCCGCGGCCUUGGAAGCCGCGGGCUUCGGCAAGGACGUCGUCGCCCAGUCCGAGGUCAAGAUUAGCAACAUCGAGAUCCACAAGCGCCACAUCGGCAAGGGCAUGGCCGAGGAGGAGAUCCGGAAGCGCGAGGAGGAGUCGGCCGCUAGGGAGAUCCACGCCUUCAAGACGCAGUUCCUGAACGCCGCGCGGCGCUGCUUCGAGCUCAUCGAUAAAGAUGGAGGCGGGACGCUGUCCAAGGAGGAGAUUGUGGAAGCUGUGAAGAAGGACGAGGAAGUCAUUAAAUUUCUGACGACGUGCGGCGACGAGAACCUCGAGUUCCUAUUGCACCCGCCGCGGCUGCAGAAGGCCUUGGAGAUCCUCGACACGGACAAGUCGGGCGAGCUCGACGUCGACGAAUGCACGGCCCGGUGUAGUAUUCAUGCUAGAGCUUCGCGACGCGUCCGCUCCGCCCGCGGCUGAAUCAUGAUUCACCGGUUAUUUGCACACAGGGGAGAGCGCGAUCAACCGGGGCCUCGCCAAGCGCCUCAAGGACCUCGAGAAGGAGCGCGAGCGCCGGAACCGCGCCGCGCGCGAGGAAGACCUCCAGUUCAGCCUCGACUUCCUGUCGACGUCGCGCAAGGUCUUCCGCAUGAUCGACAAGGACGACUCCGGCACGCUCGAGAAGCAGGAGGUCAUCGACGCCGUCAGCGCCGACAAGAAGGUGAUCAACUUCCUCGUCAACUGCGGCGAGCCGAACCUCCAGUAUUUGUUGGUGCCGGCGCGCCUCGAGUCGGCGCUCCAGCAGUUGGACACGGAUCGCGACGGCCACAUUGAUGCCCAGGAGUGGUGCUGACGCAGUGUCCUUACUUCUUUCUACGCCGUGUCCGACUCACCGGUCGCUUGCUACGCAGGGAGGACGCCAUCGAGGACGCGCUGUCGAACAAGCUCGCGCAGCGCGCGCUGAAGCGCGAGGCCGACGCGGCCGCCGCGCAGCGUGAGAUCGAGAACUUCACCGCCGAGUUCAAAAACGCAGCUCGCAAGUGCUUCCAGCUCAUCGACAAGGACCAGGGCGGGACCCUGAGCCACUCGGAGAUCGUCGAGGCCGUCAAGUCUGACAAGGAAGUAAUAAAAUUCCUGACGACGUGCGGCGACGAGAACCUGUCGUUCCUCCUCCACCCGCCGCGCCUCAAGAAGGCGCUCGAGGCCCUGGAUGAGGACAAGUCCGGAGAAAUCGACAUUGAGGAAUGGCGCGUUUUGCGGCGUCCGUGAUCACAUAUAGACUCUUUCUCGCGGCCGUGUCGACGGCACAUGACGUCGCCUCGACGCUAUCGACGCGUCGUUGCCGCUACGUGUCAACAUAACAUCGUACGCACACAGGGAGACGGCGAUCAACCGCGGCCUCGCGAAGCGCCUCAAGGACCUCGAGAAGGAGCGCGAGCGCCGCGAGCGCGCGAGCACCGCGGCCGACGAAGAGUUCUCCACCGAGUUUUUGGGCCUCGCGCGCAAGGCGUUCCAGAUGAUCGACAAGGACGACUCCGGCACACUCGAAAAAGAAGAAAUUUUUCGCGCGGUGCGGGCUGAUCAGGACGUGAUCAACUUCCUCACGAACUGUGGCAACAAGAAUCUCCAGUACCUGUUGGUGCCGUCGCGGCUCGAAGCCGCAUUGGCGGUGCUCGACACCGACAGGGACGGAACAAUUGACGCCAUCGAGUGGUGCGUUUCGGAGUCUGAAAUUUUGGGGUGCCUUCGACGCGGCGACUGCGUGCUGGGGGCGUAGACGUACGCCGUCGACGCGUCUCGCGAGGGGGGACGGGCGGUUUCGCGGCUCACCGGUCGACGUUUCGCGCAGGGAGGAAGCGAUCGAGACCGCGCUCGCGGCCAAGCUCGAGCAGCGCGCCAAGGCUCGCGAGCUCGACGCAAAGGCGGCCAGCAAGGAGAUCGAAGAAUUCACGUUCGAGUUCAAAAACGCCGCGCGCGAGUGCUUCCAGCUCAUCGACAAGGACCACGGCGGGUCGCUGUCCAAACAGGAGAUCGUCGACGCCGUCCGAAGCGACCAGACGGUGAUCCGGUUCCUGACGACGUGCGGCGAGGACAACCUGACGUUCCUGCUGCACCCGCCGCGCCUCCAGAAGGCCCUCGAAAUCUUGGACACGGACAAGUCCGGCGAGGUCGACAUCGACGAAUGUACCGUCCCGGCGUCUUGAAUCGUGACCUGACGCCAUCGACGCGACGCCUGCUCGACGGCGUCUCACUGAUUGAUUUGCGCACAGGGGAGGAGGCGAUCAACCGCGGCCUCGCCAAGCGCCUCGACCAGCUGGCGAACGAGCGCGAGCGCCGCGAGAAGGCGGCCCGGGCUGAGGACGAGAAUUUCUCCGUCGAGUUCCUGAGCGCCGCUAGAAAGGUGUUCGAGAUGAUCGACGUCGACGAGUCCGGCACGCUCGAGAAGGAGGAGGUGGUUGUCGCCAUCCGCGGGAACAAGAAGGUGAUUAACUUCCUCGUGAACUGCGGCAACAAGAACCUCCAAUACUUGUUGGUGCCGGCGCGCCUCGAGGCCGCCCUCGCGGCGAUGGACACGGAUCACGACGGCACCAUCGACGCGGACGAGUGGUGCGUUUUGGAGUCUGCAACAUUGGGUCGCCUUCGACGCGGCGAUGACGUGCUUGUGGCUCACCGGUCGAUGUUCCGCGCAGGGAGGAGUGCAUCGAGAUCGCGCUCAAAAACAAACUCGCGGACCGCGCGGCCAAGCGCUCGCUCGAUGCCGCGCGGGCCGCGAAGGAGAUCGAGGAAUUUACGAACGAGUUCAAAAACGCCGCGCGCGAGUGCUUCCAGAUGAUCGACACCGACGGCGGCGGCUCGCUCAGCACUGAUGAGAUCGUCCGAGCCGUGAAAGAGGACGCCAAAGUGAUCAAAUUCCUAAAGAACUGCGGCGAAGAUAAUCUGCAAUUCCUGCUGCACCCGCCGCGCCUGCAGAAGGCGCUCGCGAUCCUGGACACCGACAAAUCGGGCGAGAUCGACAUCGACGAAUGUACUGCUUCCCGGCGUCCUCCUAUUGUCCCAGAGAUUUGAUCCGACGCGUCUGCCACACAGGGGAGGAGGCGAUCAACCGCGGCCUCGCCAAGCGGCUGGAGGCGCUGUCGAAGGAGCGCGAGCGCGCCAACCGCGCGGCGGCGAAAGCGGAUGAGGAGUUCAGCGCCGAGUUCCUCAGCGCGGCGCGUGAGGUCUUUCAAAUGAUCGACGAGGACGAGUCCGGCACGCUCGAGAAACAGGAGGUCGUGGACGCCGUCAGAGCGGACAAAAAAGUAAUAAAUUUCCUGACCGACUGCGGCAACAAGAACCUGCAGUACCUGCUCGUCCCGUCGCGCCUCGAGGCCGCCCUCGCGGCGAUGGACACGGACAACGACGGCUCCAUCGACGCGGACGAGUGGUGUGUGUCGGAGUCUGGAAUCUUGGGUCGCCUUCGACGCGGCGAUGGCGUGCGUGUGGCGUAGAAGCACGUCGCCGGCUCACCGGUCGACGUUCCGCGCAGGGAGGAGUGCAUCGAGAAGGCGCUCGCGAACAAGCUCGAGCAGCGCUCCGCGGCCCGCGAGGCGCAGAGGAAGGCGGCGCAGAAGGAAAUCGAAGAGUUUACUGGCGAGUUCCUGAACGCACGGCCCCCGGCGUCCGAAUCCUUCGUGUAUGUCGACGCGUCGCCGACGGUCCCGCGCGCAGGCCGCGAAGCAAGUCUUCCUCCUCAUCGACAAGGACAACUCCGGCACGCUCGACAAGGGCGAAAUUAUCAAGGCCGUCAAGGAAGACGAAAAGGUGAAGAGCUUCCUCGCCACGUGCGGCGAGCCGAACCUCGAGUUCCUUACUCAGCCAGCACGCCUGCACAAGGCGCUCGAAGUGCUGGACACGAGCAAGGACGGCGAGGUGGACAUGGAGGAAUGGGAGGAAGCGAUCAACCGCGGCCUGGCGAAGCGCCUCGCGCAGCUCGCCGCCGAACGCGAGCGGCGCGAGCGCGCGGCGGAAAAGGCCGACGCCGAAUUUAGCGUCGAAUUUUUGAACGCGGCGCGGAAGUGCUUCGAAAUGAUCGACGUCGACGAGUCCGGGACGCUGGAAAAAGCUGAAAUCGUCGAGGCCGUCACGUCGAACAAAAAAGUUAUCUCGUUCCUUGUUAACUGCGGGAAUAAAAACCUGCAGUACCUGCUCGUGCCGGUGCGCCUCGAGGCCGCGCUCACGGCGAUGGACACGGACCGCGACGGGCAUAUUGAUAUAGAUGAAUGGGAGACGUGCAUCAAAGACGCCCUCAAAAACAAAUUGGCCGCGCGCGCCGCCAAGCGCGAGCUCGACGCCAAGAACGCUGCGAAGGAGAUCGAGGAGUUCACGAACGAGUUCCUCUCCGCCGCGCGGCGCUGCUUCGAAUUGAUCGACAAGGACGGCGGCGGCACCCUGUCGACGGCCGAGAUCGUCGAGGCCGUGAAGAGCGAUGCGGAAGUGAUCGACUUCCUGAAAAACUGCGGCGAGGAGAACCUGCAGUUCCUCCUCCACCCGCCGCGCCUCAAGAAGGCGCUGGCCGUCCUCGACGAGGACAAGUCCGGCGAGAUUGAUGUCGAGGAAUGGGAAACGGCGAUCCAGAAGGGCCUCGCGCACCGCCUGGAGCAGCUGUCGAUCGAGCGCCAGCGCCGCGACCGCGCAAAUGCGAGAGCGGACGAAGAAUUCUCCGCGGAGUUCCUCAGCGCGGCCCGUGCAGUUUUCCUAAUGAUCGACAAGGACGACUCGGGCUUCCUCGACAAGGAAGAGAUCGUUACGGCCGUCAGAGCAGAUAAAGAAGUGAUUGACUUCCUCACGAACUGCGGCAAUAAGAAUCUGCAGUACCUGCUGGUCCCCUCGCGCCUCGAGGCGGCGCUCGCGCAGCUGGACUCGGACCGCGACGGCGAGAUCGACUGCAACGAGUGGUGCGUUUCGGAGUCCGAAGCUGGGGGGGGGGGGCUUCUACGCGGCGACGGCGUCGACGCGGCUGACCGUCGACGUUCCGCGCAGGGAGGACGCGAUCGAGACGGCGCUGCGGAACAAGCUCGCGCAGCGCGCCAAGGCGCGCGAGGCCCAGGCCAAGGCCGCCGCGAAGGAGAUCGCCAAAUUCACGAGCGAGUUCCUGAACGCACGGCCCCCGGCGUCCGAAGCCUUCGCGUAUGUAACCGACGGUCCCGCGCGCAGGCUGCCCGGCAAUGCUUUAUUAUGAUCGACAAGGACAACUCUGGCACGCUCGAAAAGCCCGAGAUCGUCAAGGCCGUGAAGGAGGACAAAAAAGUGAUCGACUUCCUCAAAAACUGCGGCGAAGAAAACUUGCAAUUCCUGCUGCACCCGCCGCGCCUCGACAAAGCUCUCGAUGCCCUGGAUACCGACAAGUCCGGGGAGCUCGACAUCGAAGAGUGUACUGCCCGGCGUCUUUUUGUGUCCGCGAGAUGCGCUCUUUUGACCGUUUGUCUGCUACGCAGGGGAAGCCGCCAUCAACCGCGGCCUCGCGAAGCGCCUGGAGCAGCUGGCCGACGAGCGCGAGCGCCGCCAGCGCGCCGCGGAGCGGGCCGACGCCGAAUUCACGCUAGAAUUUUUGAACGCGGCCCGCGAGGUCUUCCAAAUGAUCGACAAGGACGACUCGGGAACGCUCGAUAAAGCUGAGAUUGUGGAUGCCGUGAAGAACGACAAAAAAGUGAUAAAAUUCCUCUGCAACUGCGGCAACCAAAACUUGCAGUACUUGCUGGUGCCGUCGCGCCUCGACAAGGCGCUCGCGGAGAUGGACACCGAUCGCGACGGCACCAUCGACGCGGACGAGUGGGAGCAGUGCAUCGAGAUCGCGCUGCAGAACAAGCUCGCCGCGCGCGCGGCGAAGCGCGAGCUCGACGCCAAGAACGCGGCGAAGGAGAUCGCGGCCUUUACCUCGGAUUUCCUGAACGCCGCGCGCAAGUGCUUCAACCUCAUCGACAAGGACAUGUCGGGCACGCUCGAGAUCGACGAGAUCGUCCAGGCCGUGAAGACGGAUCAAGAAGUCAUCUCGUUUCUGCAGAACUGCGGCGAGGAGAACUUGCAGUUCCUGCUGCAGCCCGCGCGCCUCAAGAAGGCGCUCAAGGCCCUCGACACCGACGGCUCGGGCGAGAUCGACGUCGAGGAGUGGUGCGGUACGCGGCGUCCUCCACGGUUCACACGCCAUCGACGCGUCGUCGCCACGUAGAGGCAUAACGCCGGUCGCGCGCAGGGAGGAGGCGAUCCAGCGCGGCCUCAAGCGCCGCCUCGAGCAGCUCUCCGAGGAGCGGGAGCGCCGCGCGCGCGCCGCGGCCGCCGCCGACGAGGACUUUUCGGCGGAGUUCCUGACCAUGGCUCGCCAGGUCUUCGAUAUGAUAGAUGUGGACGAGUCGGGGUACCUGGACAAGGACGAAAUUAUCGACGCCGUCAAGGCGAACAAGAAGGUGAUCAACUUCCUCCAGACCUGCGGCAACCAGAACUUGAUGUACCUCCUCGAGCCGGCGCGGCUCCAGCAGGCGCUCGCCGUGCUCGACACGGAUCGCGACGGCCAGAUCGACGCAAGCGAGUGGUGCUGACCCGGUGUCCUUGCGUCCUUCCUUCUACGCCGUCGACGCGACGCGGUACCGUGUGUCUGCGCGACUCACCGGUCGCUCGCCACGCAGGGAGGACGCGAUCGAGAACGCGUUGAAGGCCAAGCUCCAGGCCCGCGCGGCGCAGCGCCGCGCGCAGGAGAUGAUGGCCCGCCAGGCGGCCAAGGAGCUCGAGGAGUUCACGAACGAGUUCAAGAACGCGGCGCGGCACUGCUUCGAGCUGAUCGACGUCGACAAGGGCGGCUCGCUGUCAAAGGAGGAGAUCGUCAACGCCGUCCACCCCAAGACGGGUAUCGAGGCGCGAACGCGGCGUCCUACGACCGCGCGAACUUCAACUUGCGAGGACUCCGUGAUCUGCGGAACUGCUGUUUUCGUGUGUUUGGUGUGUGGUGGUGCAGAAUCGGACGACAGUAGCAACUACGAACACACACACACAAAGGAACAACCGAACGACCGCGUCACACUUCGCGCCGUUCGCAGAAAGUCAUCAAGUUCCUCAAGACGUGCGGCGAGGAGAACCUGCAAUUUUUGCUCCACCCGCCGCGGCUGCAGAAGGCCUUGGAGAUCCUGGACACGGAUAAGAGUGGAGAGGUCGACGCCGACGAGUGGCGCGUCGCGCGGCGUCCUCCCUCGUUUCGUGUCGUUCGUCUGACGUCGCUCCGCGCGCAGGGAGGAGGCCAUCAACCGGGGCCUCGCGAAGCGCAUCGAGCAGCUCAAGGCCGAGCAGGAGCGGCGGGCGCGGGCCGCGGCCGCGGCCGACAGCGAAUUCUCCGAGGAGUUCCUCAACGCGGCUCGCAAGGCCUUCCGCCUCAUCGACAGGGACGGGAGCGGGACGCUCGAGAAGGCUGAGAUUGUUCGCGCCGUGCGCGCUGACAAGGAGGUCAUCGACUUCCUCAACAACUGCGGCAACCAGAACCUCCAGUACUUGCUGGUGCCGUCGCGCCUCGAGGCCGCGCUGCUCGUGCUCGACACGGACCGCGACGGCCACAUCGACGAGGAGGAGUGGUGCGUUUCGGAGUCUGAAACUUUGCGGUGGACGCGGCGAUGGCGUGCUGGUGGCGUAGAAGUACUUCGCGGCUCACCGGUCGACGUUCCGCGCAGGCAAGAAGCGAUCGAGUCCGCCCUCGCGGCCAAGCUCGAGGCCCGCGCCGCGGCCCGCGCCGUGCAGGCGAAGGCGGCACAGAAGGAGAUCGAGGAGUUCACCGACUCGUUCCUCACGGCCGCGGCGCGCUGCUUCGACCUCAUCGACAAGGACGGCGGCGGGUCCUUGUCAAAGAGUGAGAUCGUCACCGCCUGCGCCUCGGACCAGGAAGUCAUCCACUUCCUGUCCAACUGCGGCGAGGAGAACUUGCAGUUCUUGCUGCACCCGCCGCGCCUGCAGAAGGCGCUCGAAAUCUUGGACACCGACAAAUCGGGCGAAGUGGAUCGCGAAGAGUGGGAGGAAGCCAUCAACCGCGGCCUCGCGAAGCGGCUGCAGCAGCUGGCCGACGAGCGCGAGCGCCGCGAGCGCGCGGCUCUGGCGGCCGACGCCGAAUUCACUGCCGAGUUCUUGAGCGCGGCGCGGGCGGUAUUCAACAUGAUCGACGUCGACGAGAGCGGCGACCUCGAAAAACAAGAAAUUGUCGUGGCAGUCAAGUCGAACCAGGUCGCGAACGCGGCGUCCUACGACCGCGCGAACUUCAACUUGCGAGGACUCCGUGGUCUGCGGAACUGCUGUUUUCGUGUGUUUGGUGUGUGGUGGUGCGGGAUCAUCCAACGACCGCUUCACACGUCGUUUCCAUCGCAGAAAGUGAUCAAGUUCCUCGUCAACUGCGGCGAGCCGAACCUGCAGAACCUGCUCGUGCCCUCGCGCCUCGAGGCCACGCUCGCGGUGCUCGACACCGAUCGGGACGGCCACAUCGACGCGGUCGAGUGGCGCGUUUCGGAGUCUGCAACUUUGGGGUGCCUUCGAUGCGGCGAUGGCGUGCCGAUGCUUACCGGUUGAUGUUCCGCGCAGGGAGGCCUGCAUCGAAUCGGCGCUGGCGAACAAGCUGGCCGAGCGCGCGGCGAGGCGCGAGCUGCAGGCCAAGGCCGCGCAAAAGGAAAUCGAAGAAUUCACUGCGGAGUUCAAGUCGGCCGCCCGGCGCUGCUUCCAGCUCAUCGACAAGGACGGCGGCGGGACCCUGAGCCACUCGGAGAUUGUAGAAGCCGUAAAGUCGGACCAGGAAGUCAUUUCUUUCCUCAAGACGUGCGGCGAGGAGAAUCUAAUGUUCCUGCUGCACCCGCCGCGCCUCAAGAAGGCGCUGGAGGCCCUGGACGCCGACGGGUCGGGCGAAAUCGACGUCGAGGAGUGGGAGACGGCCAUCAACAAGGGCCUGGCGAAGCGCCUGGAGCAGCUCGCCAUCGAGCGCGAGCGGAGGGAACGGGCAGCCUUAAGGGACGAUGCCGAAUUCAGCACUGAGUUCCUUAACGCGGCUCGCCGAUGCUUCGAGAUGAUCGAUAAGGACGAGUCCGGCACGCUCGAGAAGGAGGAGAUCGUGCGCGCCAGUGCACGGCUUAAUCGUGGCCUUCGUGCGUUGGACUCACUGAUUUGUUUACGCACAGGUGCGUGCCGUGAGGGCGGAUCAGGAAGUGAUUAAUUUCCUCGUCAACUGCGGCAAUAAGAACCUGCAGUAUCUGCUCGUGCCGAACCGCCUCCAGGCCGCCCUCGCGGCGAUGGACACGGAUCACGAUGGGCAUAUUGAUUUGUGUGAAUGGGAGACGUGCAUCGAGAUCGCGCUGCAGAACAAGCUCGAGCAGAGGGCCGCGGCCCGCGAAGCGCAGGCGAAGGCGGCACAGAAAGAAAUCGCAGAAUUUACCGGCGAGUUCCUUUCCGCCGCCCGGCAGUGCUUCCAGCUCAUCGACAAGGACUGCGGCGGUUCGCUGUCCAAGCAGGAGAUCGUGGAGGCCGUGCGUGGUCCGCGUUCGCCGUGAAGGUGCCUUCGACUGAUCGCCACCUGUACGCCAUCGACGCGGGCCCGGCCGGGCGCGCACUCCCGAACGGUCACUCACCGGUCGACGAAACACAGGUCAAGACCGACCAGGAAGUCAUCAGGUUCCUGACGACGUGCGGCGAGGAAAAUUUGCAGUUCCUCCUCCACCCGCCGCGGUUGCAGAAGGCGCUCGAAAUCCUGGACACGGACAACUCCGGCGAGGUCGACGAGAAGGAGUGGUGCGUCUGGCGGCGUCCUUUCUAUCACCGGCUACACGCGGUCAUACUUUCCAACCUGGGACGCCAUCGACGCGACGGUUCUCGUCCGAAGCUCACCGGUCGCUGCGCGCAGGGACGAGGCCAUCCAGCGCGGCCUCUCGAAGCGCUUGGAGCAGCUGGCAAUGGAGCGCGAGCGGAGGGAAAGGGCGGCCCUCCGCGCGGACGCCGAGUUCAGCACGGAGUUCCUGAACGCGGCUCGUAAAGUUUUCCAAAUGAUCGACGACGACGGCAGUGGCACGCUCGAGAAACAGGAGAUCGUCACGGCCGUCAAGUGCAACCAACGCGUCAUCAAGUUCCUCGUCAACUGCGGCAACCCGAACCUCCAAUACCUCCUCGUCCCGGCGCGCCUCGAGUCGGCGCUCGUGCAGAUGGACACGGAUCGCGACGGCCACAUCGACGAGGGCGAGUGGUGCGUUUCGGAGCCUGAAACUUUGGGGCGCCUUCGACGCGGCGAUGGCGUCGACGCGGCUCACCGGUCUAUAACAACGCAGGGAGGAGGCCAUCGAGGUCGCGCUGUCGAACAAGCUCGCGGACCGCGCGGCCAAGCGCGAGAUGCAGGCCAAGGCGGCGCAAAAGGAGAUCGAAGAGUUCACGCUCGACUUCAAAAACGCCGCGCGGCGCUGCUUUGAGUUGAUCGACAAGGACGGCGGCGGCACGCUUUCAAUCACGGAAAUCGUUGAAGCCGUAAAGUCGGACCAGGAAGUGAUAUCCUUCCUCAAGACGUGCGGCGAGGAGAACCUGAUGUUCCUGCUGCACCCGCCGCGCCUCAAGAAGGCGCUCGAGGUCCUGGACACGGACGGUUCCGGAGAAGUAGAUGUUGACGAAUGUACUGCCCCGGCGUCUUGAAUCGUGACCUGACGCCAUCGACGCGACGCCUGCUCGACGGUGUGGCGAUGCGGUUUUCUGAUCGGGCACACCCGACUCACUGGUUGAUUUGCGCACAGGGGAGACAGCGAUCAACCGCGGCCUCGCGAAGCGCCUGGAGCAGAUGGCGAAGGAGCGCGAGCGGCGCGAGCGCGCGGCGGCGGCGGCUGACGAGGAGUUCAGCGCCGAGUUCCUGACCGCGGCGCGCAAGGUCUUCCAGAUGAUCGACGACGACGACUCCGGCACGCUCGAGAAGGCUGAGAUUGUGACCGCCGUCCGGGCGAACAGGGAGGUGAUCAAGUUUUUGACCGACUGCGGCAACAAGAAUCUCCAGCACCUGUUGGUCCCGUCGCGCCUCGAGUCUGCGCUCGCGCAGAUGGACACGGAUCACGACGGCACCAUCGACGCGGACGAGUGGUGCGUUUCGGAGUCUGCAACUUGGGGGUGCCUUCGACGCGGCGAUGUCGUGCUUGUGGCGUAGAAGUACGCCGUCGCCGCGGCCGCAAGAGCGCGUCGACGCGUCUCCCGGCUCACCGGUCGAUGUUCCGCGCAGGGAGGAGUGCAUCGAGAAGGCGCUCGCGAACAAGCUCGAGCAGCGCGCCGCCGCGCGCGAGGCACAGAGCAAGGCCGCGAUGAAAGAAAUCGCCGAGUUCACUGGCGAGUUCCUCUCCGCCGCCCAGCGUUGCUUCGAGCUCAUCGACAAGGACGGCGGCGGAUCGCUCUCGAUCGACGAGAUCGUCUAGGCCUGUGCAUCAAUCAACCGAUCGAUUCAGCACGGCCGCGGGCACGGGACUGGACUGACUGGUUGAUUUCCACACAGGUCGAUGCCGUGAAGAAUAACGCCGAAGUGAUUAAAUUCAUCAGCAACUGCGGAGACGACAACCUGAUGUUCCUGCUCCACCCGCCGCGCCUCAAGAAGGCCCUGCACUUCCUCGACACGGACCAGAGCGGCGAGAUUGACAAGGAGGAGUGGUGCGUCUGGCGGCGUCCUUUCCAUCACCGGCAUCACGCGGUCAUACCUUCCAACCUGCGACGCCAUCGACGCGACGGUCCUCGUCCGAAGCUCACCGGUCGCUGCGCGCAGGGACGAAGCCAUCUCCCGCGGCCUCGCGAAGCGCCUCGAGCAGCUCGCCGCCGAGCGCGAGCGGCGCGAGCGCGCGGCGGAGAAGGCCGACGCCGAGUUCAGCAAUGAGUUCCUCAACGCGGCGCGCAAGUGCUUCGAGAUGAUCGACGACGACCAGUCCGGCACGCUCGAGAAGGCCGAGAUGUCCGCGCGCAGCGUCCAUCCUUCAGCCCGCGCGCGUCGCGGCGAUGGCGCGAGGUCGGCGGCCGCUCUAGCCGUCCGUAGAGUCUGGGGCCGCUCAUACGCCAUCGACGCGACGCCUUACUCACCGCCCGAUUCCCCCGCAGCGUCACAGCUGUCCAGUCGAACCAAAAAGUUAUCAAAUUUUUGAUCAACUGCGGCAAUAAAAAUCUUCAGUACCUGCUGGUCCCGUCGCGCCUCGAGGCCGCCCUCGCGGCGAUGGACACGGACAACGACGGCCACGUGGACAUCGACGAAUGGGAAGAGUGCAUCGAGGUCGCCCUCGCGAACAAGCUCGCGGAAAGGGCGGCCAAGCGCGAGCUCGAGGCCAAGCAGGCCAACAAGGAGAUCGAGGAAUUUACGAACGAUUUCAAGAACGCCGCGCGCAAGUGCUUCCAGAUGAUCGACAAGGACGGCGGCGGCACGCUGAGCACGGACGAGAUCGUGACUGCCGUGAAGGAGGACAAGGUCGCGAACGCGGCGUCCUACGACCGCGCGCCCUUCAACUUCGUGUGUGGUGGUGCGGGAACAACCGAACGACGGCGUCACACUUCGCGCCGUUCGCAGGACGUGAUCCACUUCCUGAAGACGUGCGGCGAGGAGAACUUGCAGUUUUUGCUCGUGCCCGCGCGCCUCAAGAAGUCGCUGGACUACCUCGACACGGACGGCUCCGGCGAGCUCGACGUCGACGAGUGGCGCGUCGCGCGGCGUCCCCCAUGGCUUCAGGCCGUUCUUCUGACGUCGCCUCGACGCCAUCGACGCGUCGUCGCCGCCGCGUAGAGGCACGACUCCGGACGCGCGCAGGGAGGCCGCGAUCAACCGGGGCCUCGCGAAGCGGCUGGAGCAGAUGGCCGACGAGCGCGCCCGCGCGGCGCGCGCGGCGGAGAAGGCCGACGCUGAGUUCAGCGCCGAGUUCCUCAACGCCGCCCGGGAAGUGUUCCUGAUGAUCGACAAGGACGACUCCGGGUCGCUCGACCGCGAGGAGAUCGUGAAGUCCGUCAGGGCUGACAAGAAAGUGAUCGACUUCCUCACGAACUGCGGCAACAAGAACCUCCAGUAUCUCCUGGUGCCCGCGCGCCUCGACUCGGCGCUGGCCCAGAUGGAUACUGAUAGGGACGGGGAGUUCUCGCUCUCCGAGUGGGAGGACGCGAUCGAGACCGCGCUGUCCAACAAGCUGGCGCAGCGGGCCGCCGCGCGCGAGGCGCAGCGCAAGGCGGCGGCGAAGGAGAUUGCGGAAUUUACGGGCGAGUUCCUCAACGCGGCGCGGCAUUGCUUUGAAAUGAUCGACAAGGACGGCGGCGGCACGCUGUCUACUGCUGAGAUCGUGAAGGCGGUGAAGGAAGAUGCGGCGCGAACGCGGCGUCCUACGACCGCGCGCCCUUCAACUUGCGAGGCUUGCGGGGACUCUGCGAUCGGCCCAGUCGUCACCACUUCCUUUCCACGCGCAGGAAGUCAUCACAUUCCUCAGGACCUGCGGCGAGGAAAAUCUGCAGUUCCUCCUCCACCCGCCGCGCCUCAAGAAGGCGUUGGAGGUGCUUGACGAGGACGGCUCGGGGGAAAUUGACAUUGAGGAAUGGCGCGUCUUGCGGCGUCCGUGAUCACAUAUAGACUCUCUCGCGGCCGCGUCGACGGCGCAUGACGUCGCUUCGACGCCAUCGACGUCGUUGCCGCUACGUAUCGACAUGACAUCGUACGCACACAGGGAGUCGGCCAUCCAGCGCGGCCUGAAGAAACGCCUCGCGCAGCUCGCCGAGGAGCGCGAGCGCCGCCAGCGCGCGGCCGAGAAAGCCGAUGAAGAGUUCAGUCUCGAGUUUUUGAACGCGGCCAGAGAGGUAUUUACGAUGAUCGACGAUGACGAGUCGGGCACGCUCGAGAAGCCUGAGAUUGUUGAGGCAAUUCAAGGGUGAUUGGCACAGCGUCCUCUCUGUUUUCAACUUGCGCGCGGAGAAUAUGCCGUGCUCGCGCGAGACCAUUGCAUGGAGAAGUGACGCGCCGUCGCGAGACGAGAGAAGACUCACACGCACACGACGCAGGAACCAAAAAGUGAUCAAAUUUCUCGUCAACUGCGGCAACAAAAACUUGCAGUACUUGUUGGUCCCGUCGCGCCUCGACAAGGCGCUUAACGAGAUGGACACGGACCGCGACGGCCACAUCGACAUCGAUGAGUGGGAGGAGUGUAUCGAGAUCGCGCUUAAAAACAAGCUGGCCGAGCGCGCGGCGAAGCGGGAGCUCGACGCCCUUGCGGCGCAGCGCGAGAUUGCGGAAUUCACGGGCGAUUUCUUGAACGCGGCUCGGAAGUGCUUCGAGCUCAUCGACAAGGACGGCGGCGGCACGCUGUCUACUGCUGAGAUCGUAAACGCCGUGAAGACGGAUGAGGAAGUCAUUACAUUCCUCAGGAACUGCGGCGAGGAGAACCUGCAGUUCCUGCUGCAGCCCGCGCGCCUCAAGAAGGCCCUCGAGGUCCUCGACGAGGACGGCUCGGGAGAGAUCGACGUCGAGGAGUGGUGCGUUACGCGGCGUCCUUCACGGUUCACACGCCAUCGACGCCAUCGACGCGUACAAACAUAACGCCGGUCGCGCGCAGGGAGCAAGCGAUCCAGCGCGGCCUCUCGAAGCGGCUCGCCCAGCUGGCCGCGGAGCGCGAGCGGCGGGAGCGCGCGGCGGCCAAGGCGGACGCCGAGUUCAGCGCCGAGUUCCUCUCGAUGGCGCGCAAGUGCUUCGACCUGAUCGACAAGGACGGGUCCGGGACCCUAGAGAAGCCCGAGAUCGUGCAGGCCGUCCGGGCGGACAAGGAAGUCAUUAAUUUCCUCACGAACUGCGGCAACAAGAACCUCCAGUACCUGCUCGUGCCGUCGCGCCUCGACGCGGCGCUGAACGCGAUGGAUACCGAUAGAGAUGGGCACAUCGACGCCGACGAGUGGGAGGAGUGCAUCGAAAUCGCGCUGAACAACAAGCUCGCCGCGCGCGCAGCGAAGCGCGAGGCCGACGCCAAGCGCGCUCAAAAAGAAAUCGCAGAAUUCACGGGCCAGUUCCUCUCGGCGGCCCGGCGCUGCUUCGAAUUGAUCGACAAGGACGGCGGCGGCACGCUGAGCACGGACGAGAUCGUGACUGCCGUCAAGGAAGACAAGGAAGUGAUCAAGUUCCUCGAGACGUGCGGCGAGCCGAACCUCCAGUUCCUCACGCGGCCCGCGCGCCUCAAGAAGGCGCUGGAAGUGCUCGACGAGGACGGCUCGGGCGAGAUUGAUAUUCAUGAAUGGCGCGUCGCGCGGCGUCCUCCAUGGUUUCAUGUCGCUUGUUACAUGGGGUGACUCUGAGACUCGCGUCGACGUCGCCUGACGUUGCCUCGACGCCAUCGACGCGUCGUCGCCGCCGCGUGGAGGCAUAACUCCGGACGCACGCAGGGAGCUCGCGAUCCAGCGCGGCCUCGCGAAGCGCCUGGAGCAGCUGGCCAUCGAGCGCGAGCGCCGCGACCGGGCGGCGAUGGCCGCCGACGAGGAGUUCACGACCGAAUUCUUGAACGCCGCGCGAGAGGUCCGCUCGCCGCGUCCAAUCAAACCCACUUCCCCGCGCGCGCGUUGUUGCUUUGGUGUCAUGUCGCGUGUCGACCUUAACGCGCCCUCCCCAUAGGUAUUCAUAAUGAUCGACGUGGACGAGUCGGGCGACCUGGAGAAGGCGGAGAUUGUCGACGCCGUCCGUCUCCCGCGUCCGUCGUGAAGGUGCCUUCGACUCGCGGCGGAAACGAGCGGUAACUCACCGGUCGAUGGUCACAGGUGAAGAAUAACCAAAAAGUGAUCAAGUUCCUUGUUAACUGCGGCAACAAAAACUUGCAGUACUUGUUGAUCCCGGCGCGCCUCGAGUCGGCGCUCGCCACGCUCGAUACCGAUAGGGACGGGCACAUCGACAUGGUCGAGUGGUGCGCUUCGGAGUUCUAAAAUUUGGGGUGCCUUCGACGCGGCGAUGACGUGUUGCGGUGAUGGCGUGCUGGUGGCGUAGACGUAUGCCAUCGCCACGGCAGCGAGAGCGUCAACGCGUCUCGCGAGGCUCACCGGUCGGCGUUCCGCGCAGGGAGGAGGCCAUCGAGACCGCGCUCGCGAACAAGCUCGCGGACCGCGCGGCCAAGCGCGAGCUCGAGGCCGCGCGGGCGGCCAAGGAGAUCGAAGAAUUCAGCAACGAGUUCCUCAACGCCGCCCGCAAGUGCUUCGACCUCAUCGACGUCGACUGCAGCGGGACCCUGACCAAGGUUGAAAUUGUCGAGGCCGUCCAGACGAAUGAAACCGUCGUCUCCUUCCUGCGGACGUGCGGCGAGCCGAACCUCCAGUUCCUGCUCCAGCCGAAGCGCCUCGAGCGCGCGCUCAAGGUCCUCGACACGUCGAACGACGGCGAGGUGGACGUCGACGAAUGUACUGCUUCCGGCGUCUUACUUCUCGUCCGAUCGACGCGACGCCCGCUCGGCGGCGUGGCGGUGCGGUUCUCUGAACACCCGGUUCACUCUUUGAUGUGCGCACAGGGGAGGAGGCGAUCAACCGCGGCCUCGCGAAGCGCCUGCAGCAGAUGUCCGAGGAGCGCGCGCGCGCGGCGCGCGCCGCGGCGGCCGAGGACGAGGAGUUCAGCGCCGAGUUCCUGAGCAUGGCCCGCCAGGUCUUCCAGAUGAUCGACAAGGACAACUCGGGCACGCUCGUCAAGGCGGAGAUGUCCGCGCGCAGCGUCCGUCCUUCAACCCGCGCGCGUCGCGGCUCACACGCCAUCGACGCGACACGGUGCUUACCGCGCGAUCCCCCCGCAGCGUCGAGGCCGUGAGCGAGCAGUCGAACCCGGUCGUUUUAUUCCUCAUUAACUGCGGCAACGAGAACUUGCAGUACCUGCUCGUGCCCGCGCGCCUCGACGCGGCCAUGGCCGCCAUCGACACGGAUAGUGAUGGAGAGAUCACGGCGAUCGAGUGGCGCGUUUCCGAGUCUGAAAUUUUGGGGCGCCUUCGACGCGGCGGCGGCGUGCUGGUGGCGGAGAAGUACGCCGUCGCUUUCGCGGCUCACCGGUCUAUAACGACGCAGGGAGGAGGCCAUCGAGGUCGCGCUCCGGGCCAAGCUCGCCGCGCGGGCCGAGCGGCGCGCCAAGUCCUCGGCCGCGGCGCGCAAGGAGAUCGCCGAGUUCACGGCCGAGUUCCUGUCCGCCGCCCGCGAGGUCUUCGAGCUCAUGGACGAAGACGACUCGGGCACGCUCGUCGUUGAUGAGAUCGUGAAGGCCGUGGACCCCAAGAAAGGAAACAAGAAGGUCAUCAAGUUCCUCGAGACCUGCGGCGAGCCGAACCUGCAGUUUUUAGUAAGGCCGAAGACCAUCCGACGGGCGCUGCGCGUGCUCGACGUGAGCGGCGACGGCGAGAUCGACAUUGAUGAAUGGCGCGUCACGCCGCGUCUUUUUUACAUUUUCAAUGAUUAACUCCAAACGCACGCAGGGAGGAGGCCAUCUACCGCGGCCUCGCGAAGCGUUUGGAAGAUCUGGCCGAGGAUAGGGAUAGAAGAGAACGAGCGGCGGCCAAGGCCGACGAGGAGUUCGCCCUGGGCUUCCUCAUGGCCGCGCGCCAGGUCUUCGACACCAUGGAUAAAGAUGGCGAGGGCAUCAUCGACAAGAGCGUCUGCGACAACGCCAUGUCCGCGACGAAGGCCAAAUUCGACGCCAAGGAGAGCGGCACGGUGACCCUCGCCGACGGCCGCGUCGUGCCCGCUUCCUCAGUCCCGCCCGGGACGAAGCUCCAGGGGGGCGCGACGAUGCCCGAGGCGGCCAAGGACGGCACGGUGACGAUGCCCGACGGCAAGACCGUCAAGCCGGCGCCCAAGAUUAAAAUAGGCGGCAAGCCCAAGAUGAGCAAGUGGGCGGCCCUCAAGGCCAAGUCCAAGAUGCUCAUCGGGUUCGGCGUGAAGUCGAAGGCCGCCGUGCCCAUGGUGACGCUGGCCGACGGGACUCGGGUUGCGGCGUCGGAGGUGAAGCCCGGCACGCCGCUCCAGGGCGGCGCGGCGAUGCCCGAGGUUAAGCAAGGCGAGGCCGUCGUCACGCUGGCCGACGGGAGCGUCGUCCCCGCGUCGAGCGUGAAGCCGGGCACGCCGCUCCAGGGCGGCGCGACGAUGCCGGCGGUCCAGGGCGGCGCCGUCAUUACGUUGGCGGACGGCAGCGUCGUGAGCGCGUCCGAGACGGUCACGCUCGCCGACGGCACGGUCGUGGCGGCCAAGGACGUCAAGCCCGGCACGCCGCUCGCGGGCGGCGGGGCGAUGCCCGCGCCCAAGGAGAAGAUGGUCACGCUCGCGGACGGGACGGUCAUGCCCGCGUCCAAGGUCAAGCCCGGCACCAAAUUAGCCGGCGGCGUCGUCAUGCCCAAGCCCGCCGAGGGCGACGAGUUCGUGACGCUGGCCGACGGGACGAAGAUGAAGGCGUCCGAGGUGCCCCCGGGCACGAAGCUCGCCGGCGGCGGCAAGAUGCCGGCCGUCCCGCCGGGCGCCGCCGUCGUGACGCUCGCCGACGGGAGCGUCGUCCUCGCGUCGGAGGUGCCGGCGGGGACGCCGCUCGCCGGCGGCGCGACGAUGCCCGCGCCCGUCCCGAUGGUCACGCUGGCCGACGGCCGCGUCAUGCCCAUGGACAAGGUCCCGCCGGGGACGGAGCUGGCGGGCGGCGCGAAGAUGCCGCGCGGCGAGACGGUCAUGCUCGCCGACGGCACGAUCGUCGCGAAGAAGGACGCGCCGCCCGGCGCGGCCCUGGCGGGGGGCGGGUCCAUGGCCGUCGACGAGACGGCGACGGUCACGCUCGCCGACGGCACGGUCGUGCUGGCCAAGGACGUCGCGCCGGGCACGCCGCUCGCGGACGGCCAGGUCAUGGCGCCGCGCGCGGGCCAGAUGGUCACGCUCGCCGACGGGACGGUCUGCGACGCGGCCUCGGUGCCGCCCGGCGCCAAGCUCGCGGGCGGCGGCGUCAUGCCCGCGGCGCCCGGCGCGAUGGUGAAGCUCGCCGACGGCCGCUGCGUCCCGGCGUCGGAGGUGCCGCCGGGCGCGCCGCUGGCGGACGGCGGCGUCAUGCCCAUCGCCCCGGGCGGCAAGGUCACGCUCGCCGACGGGACCGUCGUCGACGCGGACAAGGUGCCCCCGGGCACGAAGCUCGCCGGCGGCGGCACGAUGCCCGCGGCGCCGGGCCAGAAGGUCACGCUCCACGACGGGACGGUCGUCGACGCGGACCAGGUGCCGCCCGGCGCGCGCCUCAAGGGCGGGACGGUCAUGCCGACGGCGGCGGGCGCGACCGUGACGCUCGCGGACGGGACCGUCGUCGCGGCGGACCAGGUGCCGGUGGGCACGGCCCUGGCGGGCGGCGGCGUCAUGCCCGUCGCGGCGGGCGCGAUGGUGACGCUGGCGGACGGCUCCGUCGUGCCGGCCGCCGACGUGCCGCCGGGGACGGCGCUCGCCGACGGCGGCAUCAUGCCCGUCUCGAACGACCCCGAGGCCACGGUCACGCUGGCGGACGGGCGCGUGGUCCGGGCCAAGGACGCGCCGCCGGGCGCCAAGCUCGCCAACGGCGGCACGAUGCCCGUGCGCGCGGGCGCCAAGGUCAAGCUCGCGGACGGCACGGUCUGCGACCCGGACAAGGUGCCGCCGGGCGCGCAGCUCGCGAACGGCGGCGUCAUGCCGGCCAUGCCCGGCGCCAUGGUGACGCUGGCCGACGGGACGGUGGUCGCGGCGGCGGCCGUGCCGCCGGGCACGCCGCUCGCCGACGGCUCGGUGAUGCCGGCGCCGCCGCCGGGCGCGACGGCGACGCUCGCGGACGGGACCGUCGUCCCGGCGAACGCCGUCAUGGCCGGCCAGCAGCUGGCCGACGGGUCCGUCGUCCCGCAGGCGCCGCCGCAGCAGGUCGCCUGCGUCGGCGGCGAGGAGGACUCGGUCGCGGACGAGAUCGUGAACAUCGUGGAAGGCUGCGACAAUCCCGAUUUGAAGACGGUGCUCGAGCCGGACUGCAUCGGGCAGGCUCUGGCCCAGGCCGACCUGGAGUGUGAAGGAGAAAUUGGAGCGGCAGAAUGGGACGGCGCCGUCGAGGGCGCGCUCGAGAAGAAGCUCGCGCAGCGGGCCGCGGAGCGAGACCGCGAGGGCAAGGGCCCGAACCCCUGGGACGCCAAGGGCGGCAAGGGCUUCGACGACGACGAGAUGGAUCCCGCGUUGGCGGCGUUGAUGGCCGCGAGGGAUGCGUGGAAGGACGACACGCCGUGGCCGACGCGCGUGAACGCGUCGGGGGAAGUCGUCUCGAUCAACCCGCUGGACAUUGAGUUCGUGGCCAAGUUUUUAGAUAAUGCGUCGAAGGCCUUCCGACUCAUCGACCUCGACGACAACGGCGGCAUGACCGCCGAGGAGCUCCAGGAGUCCAUCGCCGAGGAGCCCGAGGUCGUCAAGUUCCUCUGGACGUGCGGGAACAUGGACAUGCAGCUCAUGCUCGACGAGAAGCGCUUUCCCGCCUCCUUUGCCAAAUUAGAUCGGGACAAGGACGGCGAGAUUAGCAAGCACGAGUGGAUGUUAGCCAUCGACCUGGCGCUGGAGAUCCGGUUGAAGCGCUUCGCGGACCAGCGGGCGCGGUCGCAGGCCGCGGGCGAGGCGGAAGAUGCGGCCUUCCGCGAGGAGUUCAAGAAGCUCGCUCGCAAAGUGUUCUUUUUGAUCGACACGGACGGUAGUAACUCGUUGACCGAAGAGGAGAUCGUCCGAUCUCUGAGAUAUGAGGAGGAGGUCAAGACCUUCCUGGCUACUUGCGGCAAUCCGUUGCUCGGCCAUCUGCUCGACCCCAAGGAGAUCAAGAAGUCGCUGCACGAGAUCGACAAGAAUUCCGACGGCGAGAUUUCCCUCGAGGAGUGGGACGCCAUCGUCGAGAAGGCCCUCGACGAGAAGCUCAAGAAGCUACGAGCGGAACGCGCGAAGCGCGAAGCCGCGGAACGGGCGGAAGAGGAGGCCCUCACGCAGAAGUUUUUGGCCAUGGCGCGGAAGAUUUUUGAGAUGAUCGACAAGGACUACUCGGGCACGAUCACGAAGGAGGAGAUGGUCGAUGCGGUGGAGAACGAUAAUGAAAUUGUGGACUUCCUCCAGAACUCGGGCAACCUUAUUUUUAAACAAUUGUUACAUCCGAAGCGCCUCGAGAAGGCCCUCGCGGAUUUAGAUACGGAUUCGGACGGCGAGAUCUCGACGCAGGAGUGGGAGGAGGCCGUGGAAGCGGCGUUACGGGUGCAGCUCGGCCGCCUGAGUGCGGACCAGAAGCGCCGCGCGGCCCUGUCUCGUGCUGAAGACGAGAGGUUCAUCGCCGAGUUCAUGGCGGCCGCGCGCCAGGUCUUCGAGCUGAUCGACGUCGAUAAUUCCAAUAGUCUUGCGACCCAGGAGUUGGUCGACGCGACGACCGAGAACCAGGAGGUCAUCCGGUUCAUGGUUAAUUGUGGGAAUAAGUUCCUGCAGGACAUGUUGGUACCGAGACGAUUACGCGCAGCUUUGACGGAGAUCGACGCCGACGGUUCGGGCGAGAUCGACAAGCCUGAGUGGGAGAUCGCCAUCCAGGCUGCUUUAGAGAAGAAGCUCGCCGAGCUCGAAGCGGAACGGGCGGCGCAGCGCGAGGCCGACCGCUUGGCCGACGAGGCCUUCACGAAGGAGUUCCUGGCGGCGGCCAUGGAGGUGUUUCGACUCUUAGACACGGACGAGAGCAUGUCCUUGGAUCAUGAUGAGUUCGUCGGCGGCGUCGCCCAUAACCCGAUGGUCAAGAACUUUUUGAAGGACUGCGGCAACGAGUUCCUGCAGGAGUUAUUGAUUCCCAGUCGGUUGGACAAGGCCAUGAAGGCCCUGGACACGGACGGGAGCGGGGUCAUCGAGAUCGAGGAGUGGUAUGGUACGCGGCGUCCCCCGUUUCGUCUUUCGACGCGCGCUCACUGUUCAUAACACGCAGGGAGGAGGCCAUCGAGAAGGCCCUGCAGGUGCGCCUCGCCCAGAUCGCCGAGGAGCGCGCGCGGAAGCGCGCCGAGGCGCGGAAGGCGCGCGACAAGCUCGCGGCCGAGGUCUUGGUCUUGGCGCGGCAGGUGUUCGCGAUGCUCGACGUCGACGACGGCGGGACCCUGUCGCGAGAUGAAAUUAUAAGAGGCGUCGAGGAGGACGAGGAGGUCGUCAAGUUCCUCAUUAAUUGCGGGAACGAAUUUUUAGCGGCGCUACUCAAACCCAAGAAGCUCGAAAAAGCUUUGAUCGAGAUCGACACGGACGGGAGCGGCGAGGUCGACCUGGAAGAGUGGGAAGCCGCCGUCUUGGCGGGCCUCGAGAAGCGGCUCCAGGCCAUGGCCGAGGAUCGGGAACGGCGCGAGCGCGCGGCCGCGGCGGCGGACGGCCAGUUCACGGCCGAGUUCCUCAAGCUCGCGGAAGAGAUCUUCGACAUGAUCGACGAGGACAAGUCGGACACGUUGACGCACGACGAGUUGACGAACGCCGUGAAGCAUAACCGCAAGGUCCAGGACUUCCUCAAGGGCUGCGGGAAUAAAAAUUUACAAUAUUUAUUGGUACCGAGUCGUCUGCAGAACGCCCUCAAGGUCAUGGACACGAACGACGACGGCGAGAUCGACCGGAGCGAGUGGCAGGCGGCCAUCGAGGCGGCGCUGAAGGCGAAGCUGGCCGCGCGGCAAGCCGAGCGCGACGCGCGCGCCGAGGCGGCUAGAAAGGAGCUCGAGGAGUUCACGGCCGAGUUCCUGAACGCUGCGAGAAAAGCCUUCAAGCUCAUGGACAAGGACAAGUCGGGGACGCUCGUCAAGCAGGAGGUCGUGGACUCCGUGCAAAAUGACAAGGAAGUGGUCACGUUCCUCCAGACUUGUGGGGAGAGGAAUUUACAGUUCUUGUUACAGCCGAAGCGCAUCGACAAGGCCAUGAAGGAGUUGGAUACGAGCAAGGACGGCGAGAUCGAUGAAGAUGAGUGGGAAGUGGCGAUCCAGCGAGGAUUAAAGAAGCGCGUCGAGCAGCUCCAGGAGGCGCGCGCGCGGCGCGAGCAGGCCGCCGCCGCCGAGGACGCGGCCUUCUCCGAGGCCUUCCUGAACAUGGCCCGCCAGAUCUUCGACAUGAUGGACGUUGAUAGCAGUGGGUCGUUGGAUCGGGGCGAGAUCAUGAAGGCUGUCAAGAGCAACAAGGAAGUGAUCGCCUUCCUCGUGAACUGCGGCAACAAGUACCUGCAGGACCUGCUGGUGCCGGCGCGGUUGGAGGCGACGCUCGACGAGCUCGAUGCGGAUUUGGACGGGGAGAUUUCAGCUCCCGAAUGGGAAAGGGCCAUCGCCGAAGCACUGAAGGAGAAGCUCCGGCAGCGCGCGGCGGACCGCGAGGAGCGCGCGCGCGCGUGGCGCAAGGAGAUGGAGGCCUUCACGGCCGAGUUCAUGGCGGCCGCCCAGAAGGUCUUCGAGAUGAUCGACAAGGACGGCUCGGGCAGCCUCGCGAUCGACGAGAUCACGCGCGCCGUGAAGGAGGACCAGGAGGUCAUCGACUUCCUCGAGAACUGCGGCGAGCCGAACCUCCAAUUUUUAUUACGGCCCAAGCGCCUGAAGAAGGCGCUCGAGGCCCUCGACACGGACAAGUCUGGGGAAGUUGACGAGGAGGAGUGGUGCGUCUGGCGGCGUCCUUUCCGUCACCGACAUAACUCGGUCAUACCUUUCAACUUGAGACGCCAUCGAUGCGACAGUCCGCCUCCGAAGCUCAGAGCCGAUCGUCGCGAUAUGGGGCCACCGAGACGCCAUCGACGCGACGGGCCUCGCGCGAAGCUCACCGCUCGCUGCGCGCAGGGACGAGGCGAUCCACCGGGGCCUCGCGGCGCGGCUCGAGCAGCUGCGCGAGGAGCGCGAGCGCCGCGAGCGGGCGGCGCGGGCGGAGGACGAGGCGUUCUCCGCCGCGUUCCUCAACGCGGCCCGGGAGGUCUUCAUGCUCAUGGACAAGGACGACAGCGGCUCGCUGAGCCACCAGGAGAUCCUGGGCGCCGUGAAGACGAAUGCGGAAGUGAAGAAGUUCCUCAACGACUGCGGCGACCGCAACCUCCAGUACCUGCUCAUGCCGUCGAAGCUCGAGGCGUCCCUUAAGGCCAUCGAUUCUGACGGCUCGGGCGAGAUCGAGCUCCCGGAGUGGGAGACGGCCAUCGAGACGGCGCUCAAGGCGAAGCUGGCGCAGCGCGCGGCCGACCGCGAGCGCCGGGCCAAGGAGGCGGCGGCCGAGAUCGCCGCGUUCACGGCCGAGUUUUUGAACGCCGCGCGCAAGGUCUUCGAGAUGAUCGACAAGGACGAUUCCGGUGCUUUAGCGAAGGCCGAGAUUGUGGAAGCUGUCAAGAGCGACGAGGAAGUCAAGGACUUCCUCCAGAACUGCGGCGAGGAGAACCUGCAGUUUUUGCUCAAGCCGAAGCGCCUCGACCACGCGCUCCAGCAGCUCGACACGGACAACUCGGGCGAGGUCGACGUCGAGGAAUGUGCGGCCCGGCGUCCUACUUGUCAUGCGAUCGACGUUCACCGGUUGAUUCGCGCACAGGGGAGGAGGCGAUCCACCGCGGCCUCAAGAAGCGCCUCGAGCAGCUCGCCGACGAGCGCGAGCGGCGCGAGCGCGCGGCGGCCGCCGCCGACGAGGAGUUCAGCGCGGGCUUCCUGAACGCCGCCCGGGACGUGUUCAUCAUGAUGGACAAGGACGACUCCGGCACGCUGACGAAGGAGGAGAUUUUGCACGCCGUCAAGAACGAGGACGAGGUCCAGAAGUUCCUCAUCUCCUGCGGCAACCAGAACCUGUCGGACCUCAUGGUGCCCUCGAAGCUCGAGAAGACGCUCGCCGAGCUCGACACGGACAAGUCCGGCGAGGUGGACCUGCCCGAGUGGUGCGUUUCGGAGUCUCAAACUUUACGCGGCGAUGGCGUGUUGCGGUGAUGGCGUGCUCACCGGUCGAUGUUCCACGCAGGGAGGCGGCCAUCGCGCAAGCCCUCGCGAACAAGCUCGAGCAGCGGGCCAAGGACCGCGCCGAGGCCGCGGCGAAGGCGCGCGCGGAGAACGAGGCCUUCACCAAAGAAUUUUUGAACAAGGCGCGCGAGGUGUUUGAGCUCAUCGACAAGGACGACUCGGGUUCGCUCGCCAUCGACGAGAUCACUACGGCGGUCAAGUCGGACAAGGUCGUCAAGGACUUCCUCAAGACGUGCGGCGACGAGACGCUGAUGUUCCUGCUGCAGCCGAAGCGGCUCGACCACGCGCUGCGCGAGCUCGACACGGACGGCUCGGGAGAAGUGGACAUCGACGAGUGUACUGCCCGGCGUCCUACUUGCCAUCCGAACGCGACGCCUGCUCGACGGACACAUCUCACUGGUUGAUUCGCGCGCAGGGGAGGAGGCGAUCCGCCGGGGCCUGUCGAAGCGCCUCGAGCAGCUCGCCGACGAGCGCGAGCGCCGCGAGCGCGCCGCGGCCGCGGAGGACGAGGCCUUUUCGGCCGAAUUCUUGUUCGCGGCGCGCAAGGUCUUCAUGAUGAUCGACGAGGACGACUCGGGCACGCUCACAAAGGAUGAGAUCACCACCGCCGUCAAGGCGAACAAGGAAGUUAUCGACUUCCUCGUCAACUGCGGCAACCCGAACCUCCAGUACUUGCUCGUGCCGGCUCGUUUAGAAGCUGCGCUCGCGGAGCUUGAUACGGAUCGGUCGGGCGAGGUCGACCUGCCGGAGUGGUGCGGACGCCGCGUCGUCACACGUUUCCGCCGACGCGCCCCACCGGUUCAUACCUACGCAGGGAGGCCGCCAUCGAGAGCGCCCUCAAGAACAAGCUCGAGGCGAAGAAGAAGGCGCGCGAGGCGGCCGCCGCGGCGGCGCAGCGCGAGAUCGCGGAGUUCACCGCGCACUUCAUGGAGGCCGCGCAGCGCUGCUUCGAGCUCAUCGACAAGGACGACUCGGGCACGCUGACCAAGGAGGAGAUUGUGGUUGCGGUGAAGUCGGACAAGGAGGUCAUCGACUUCCUCAAGACGUGCGGCGAGCCGAACCUCGUGGCCCUCACGCAGCCGGCCCGCCUCAGCAAGGCCCUGGACAUGCUGGACACGUCCAAGGACGGCGAGAUGGACAUGGACGAGUGGAUGGCGGCCAUCAAGCGCGGCCUGGCGAAGCGCUUGGACGAGCUGGCCGACGAGCGCGAGCGGCGCGAGCGCGCCGCGGCGGCCGCGGACGAGGAGUUCAGCGCCGAGUUCCUGAACAUGGCCCGCAAGGUCCGUUUCCUGCGUCCAAUCAAUCAAACCCCCUUCCGUGCGCGCGCGUUUGUUUGCUUCUUGGUGUUUCGGCUUAACGUAACUAACUUAACGUAACUAACGCAGGUCUUCGACAUGAUCGACGCGGACGGCGGCGGGACGCUCUCCAAGGCUGAGAUCGUCGAUGCGGUGAAGAAUAACGAUGAAGUGAUCAAAUUCCUCAGCAACUGCGGCAACGAGAAUUUACAGUCGCUGCUCGUGCCGUCCCGGUUAGAACAUGCGCUCAACUGCCUCGACACCGACUCGGACGGCGAGAUCACGGCGCCCGAAUGGGAAGCCGCGAUCGAGCAGGCCCUCAAGGCGAAGAUCGAGCAGCGCCGCGCGGCCCGCGAGGCCCAGGCCGCCGCGGACCGGCGCGAGCUCGAAGCCUUCAAGGAGCAGUUCCUGAACGCCGCCAGGGAGGUCUUCGCGCUCAUCGACGCGGACGGCAACGGCAGCCUGACGAAAACCGAAAUUGUGGACGCCGUGACGCACGACAAAAAAGUGAUCUCGUUUUUGGGCAGCUGCGGCGAGCCGAACCUGCAGUUCCUGCUGCAGCCGAAGCGCCUCGAGAAGGCAUUGAAGGUGCUGGACACGUCGCAGGACGGCGAGAUCGACGCCGACGAGUGGGAGGCGGCGAUCUAUAGAGGCUUAGAGAAGCGCACGGCCGACCUGAAGGCCGAGCAGGAGCGGCGCGCCAAGGCGGCGGCCGCGGCCGACGAGGAGUUCUCGGCCGAGUUCCUAUCUGCGGCUAGGAAGGUCUUCGAGAUGAUCGACGUCGACAACUCCGGCACGCUCACAAAGCAGGAAAUUAUCACGGCCGUCAAGGAAAAUAAGGAGGUCAAGAUGUUCCUCGCGAACUGUGGCAACGAAAACCUGCAGUAUUUGUUGGUGCCGUCACGCCUGAACCACGCCCUGUCCGUCUUGGACAAGGAUGGUGAUGAUGAAAUUGAUGCGAACGAAUGGGAGGACGCCAUCGCCAAGGCCCUCCAGAAGAAGCUCGAGCAGCGGCGCGCGAUGCGCGAGGCGAACGCCGAGGCCUUCCGCAAGGAGAUCGAGGAAUUCACGGCGAAUUUCCUGAACGCCGCGCGCGAGGCCUUCGCGCUCAUCGACAAGGACGACUCGGGGUCGCUGUCGAAGACGGAAAUUGUGAGAGCCGUGCGCGAAGACCGCCCGGUCAUCGACUUCCUGCGGAACUGCGGCGAGGAGAACCUGCAGUUCCUGCUGCAGCCGGCGAGAUUAGAAAAGGCCCUCGAGCAGCUCGACACGGACAAUUCCGGCGAGGUGGACGUCGACGAAUGUACGGGAGCGGCGUCUUGUUUUUACGUGUAGCUUCGCUUGUCAUCCGAUCGACGCGACGCCUGCUCGACGGCGUGGCGGUGGUUCCAGCACGGUCGCGUCGUCGCCGAGAAAUAAGAAGGGGGCACCGGACUCACGGGUUGAUUCACGCACAGGGGAGGAGGCGAUCUACCGCGGCCUGGCCAAGCGCGUCGAGCAGCUCCAGGCCGAGCAGGAGCGGCGCAUGCGCGCGGCCGCCGCGGCCGACGAGGAGUUCAGCGCCGAGUUCCUGACGAUGGCGCGCGCCGUCUUCGACAUGAUCGACAAGGACCAGUCCGGCACGCUCACGAAGAAGGAGAUUGUGGAUGCGGUGGCCAACGACAAGGCGCGAACGCGGCGUCCUACAACCUUCAAUCCGUGAUCUGCGGAACUGCUCUUUUCGUGUGUUUGGUGUGUGGUGGUGAGGAAUCGCACGACCGCUUCACGCUUCGCGCCGUUCGCAGGAGGUCAUCACCUUCCUCAAUGACUGCGGCAACCCGAACCUCCAGUACUUGCUCGUGCCGGCUCGUUUAGAAGCAGCCCUAGAAGCGCUGGAUACCGAUAGAUCGGGCGAGAUCGACGCCAUGGAGUGGGAGGCGGCCAUCGAGACGGCCUUGAAAGCCAAGCUCGAGCAGCGCCGCGUCGAGCGCGAGCAGGCGCAGUCGGCCAACCGCGCGGAGAUCGAGGCCUUCACGGCCGAGUUCCUCAACGCGGCGCGCGAGUGCUUCCUGAUGAUCGACAAGGACAACUCGGGCACGCUCACGAAGACGGAGAUCGUGCACAGCGUGUCUUCCGACAAGUCCGUCAAGGACUUCCUGCAGAACUGCGGCGAGCCGAACCUGCAGUUCCUGCUGGUGCCCGCUCGUUUAGAAGCGAGCCUGGAUGCCCUGGACACGAGCAAGGACGGCGAGCUGGACAUGGACGAAUGUACGGGAGCGGCGUCUUGUUUUUUACGCCGUCGUCGUGAGCGCGGGAGAGUCUAUACGCGUCUCGCGGUCGCGUCGAUGGCGUCGAUGCGGCCGUCAGAGAGUCCGCGCGCCUCGCGAGAGCGGUGGCGCUGUCGCCGCGACGCCGCCGUCACGACACAUGUAGCUUCACUCACCAUUCACGCACACAGGGGAAGAAGCGAUCAAGCGCGGCCUCGCGAAGCGCGUCUCGCAGCUCCAGGACGAGCAGGAGCGGCGCGCCAAGGCCGCCGCCGCCGAGAACGCGGCCUUCUCGGCCGAGUUUUUGGGCGCCGCGCGGCGCGUCUUCGCGAUGAUCGACGUCGACAACUCCGGCACGCUGACGAAGGAGGAGAUCAAGAAGAGCGUCAAGAGCGACAAGGAGGUCAUCGACUUCCUCAAGGACUGCGGCGAGGAAAAUUUGCAGUUUUUGUUGGAGCCGAAGCGAUUGGACCGGGCGCUCAACGCGCUGGACACGUCGCAGGACGGCGAGGUCGACGUCGACGAGUGG